AUGCCAGCGACCAUGGAGACCGAUUUUCAGACACAGGAGCGGACUCGCCUGAGAGCCAAAUACAUUCAGGCGGUGUCAGACCUUACCAAGACACUGAAAUCCCAGCCCCAGGCUGCCUAUCGAAGCGAUGAGCUUGAUGUCCUCAGAGUUUCCCUAGGAUCUUUUGACCCCAACGACCAAAAAUUUCUCGACUCCUCAGCCUGUCUUUUUAAGCCUCUGUCAUCUCGGGAGUCUGAAAAGUACACUCUAGUCGAGUCCGACUUCGACGAAAUCGGGCUCAGGAGCUACAAAAGAUUUGACGAGGCUUACGACAGCGUUACGAAGGAGAAGGGUGUAACAAAUCCAAGUCCUGGUUACAUUAUGAGCAAGAGAGCAAACCUAAUCUCGUCUCAUUUGGAUUUCCUCUACUAUCACUCCAGGAAGAAGAUUCGCAAGAACCUCGUUUCCUUUUAUGAAGUUUCUGGAUGGGUCCACAUCAAGUACGGUAACUCAUUUCUCGAUGGUGCACGAGGACUGUUAAGUGGUGAUCUAAUUGGGCUCCCCUAUCGCCUUCCCGACUGGCGUACCGUGCAUAUGCGCGAGUGGUGGAAAGACGAGGACGCCUCAGCGCCAGCCUACCCACACAUGAUGCUUAUCAUUUGCAGUGGGGCAGAGGCGAAGGAAAACGAGCUGCUCAUUGGCGAGCUCGGGCCUAUCGCGCAGGCGAUCGAAAAUCGACUUGAACAGGCGGAGUUUGAGGAGACAUCACUCUUCCCGAUAAUGGCCAUCUCGUUGUUUGGCCCGCGCCAUGGACGUCUCUUGCAAGCCAAAUUCAACAAGUCAGGUGUCUUGAAAAUUCGUGCCUCGCCUAUCUACAGUUUUCGAUACAAGGCAGAGGCUCCCUUCGAUCUUUUCCUUCGCUACCUGGCCUGCGAACCUCGACAUGGCGCCGAAUACGAAUUCUACAGCGACGAGGAGGAUGCACCCAUGGCCCCUGAGUAUGUCUCCCCGCCACCAGGAGCCGACAAGGAAAAUGUCUCUCCGAAGCAAGGAGAUACCCCGUCUGCCGAAGAGCAGUGA